AUGCCUUUUCCAGGAAGGUUCAAGAAACAACUAUUGGAAGCACACAAGGCUAAGUUUGUUGAACUAAUGAGACAACUUGAGCUAAAGUUACCUUUCAUCGACGCUUUGAUGCCCAUUCCACCUUAUCGGAAAUUCCUGAAGGAUGCUGUUCAGCAAAGAACCAGGGAAGCACAAGGGAUGGUAGUGUUGACUCGUGAGUGCAGUGCAAUCAUUCAACGGAAGGUUAUCUCCAAAAAAAAGGAAGAUCCGGGGAGUUUCACUUUACCCUGCAUGUUGGGACCCCUAUCUUUCAAAAACAGCCUCUGCGAUCUAGGAUCAUCUGUCAGCCUCAUACCUUUGUCUGUAGCAAAGAAACUGGGAUAUCACAAGUACCAAGCCUGCGGAAUCUCACUAGUCUUGGCAGAUAGAUCGAUAAGGUUACCAACUGGAAUGCUUGAGGACCUGCCUUUGAGGAUAGGGAAUGUAGAAAUCCCCACCGACUUCAUUGUGCUGGAAAUGGAUGAGGAACCAACAGAUCCAUUGAUACUAGGAAGGCCAUUCCUAGCUACAGCAAGAGCAAUGAUAGACGUCUGUGAAGGCACAAUUGAGCUAAACUUAGGAAAUGACCUAAGGAUGAAGUUUGAUAUCAAGGAUACAAUGAGGAAACCAACAAUAGAAGGUCAGCUCUUUUAUGUUGAGGAGAUGGAUCAGUUGGCAGAUGAGCUUUUAGAAGAGUUAUCGUUGGAGGAUCCCCUACAAGUUGCUUUGACUAAGGACUCUUCAGAAGGAUAUGUGAGCUCGGAAACCGAUGAGUACAAGAGGCUCCUUGACACCUUCAGACCAGUUCCAAACAUUCUGAGCAUUGAGGGGUUGGACAGGCCAGUUUGCGAGGUCAUGCCAGUGAGCUCGAUCAAGAGCUCGAUCGAGUCGGGUUUCGAACAAACAAACUCGAUCGAGCUGGGAACUGAAUACAAGGAACAAGCUCAAGGAGAUUGGUCUGAGCUCAAGGCACCAAAAGUGGACCUCAAACCUUUGCCUGAAGGCCUCAGGUAUGCAUUCUUGGGUGAAAACUCAACUUACCCUGUCAUUGAACCUCAAAGGAGGUUGAACCCCAAUCUAAAGGAAGUAGUGAAGAAAGAGAUACUCAAGUUGCUUGAUGCUGGGAUAAUCUAUCCCAUCAGUGAUAGCACUUGGAUAUCUCCAGUUCAUUGCGUCCCAAAGAAAGGGGGGAUCAAUGUCAUAAAAAAUGACAAGGAGGAGCUGAUUCCCACUAGAACAAUAGUGGAGCAUCGCAUGUGUCUUGACUAUAGGAAGUUAAAUUCAACAUCUAGAAAGGAUUUCUCAAAGAUAGCAAGACCCUUGACAAGGCUUCUGUGCAAGGAGACAGAUUUUGAGUUUGAUGAAGAAUGCCACAAGUCUUGGACCUUGCUGAAGGAUGCUCUGGUAUCUGCCCCAAUAGUUCAAGCUCCAAACUGGGAUCACCCAUUUGAGAUUAUGUGUGAUGCAUCUGACUAUGCAGUAGGAGCAGUGCUUGGCCAAAAGAUAGACAAGAAACUCAAUGUCAUCUACUAUGCAAGCAAGACUAUGGAUGAUGCUCAGUGCAAGUAUGCAACCACAGAGAAGGAACUCCUUGCCAUAGUCUUUGCCUUUGAGAAAUUUCGAAGCUAUAUAGUUGGAUCCAAGGUGAUUGUGCACACUGACCAUGCUGCCCUUAGGCACAUCUUCGCUAAGAAAGAUACAAAGCCAAGACUUCUCAGAUGGAUCCUUUUGCUUCAAGAGUUUGACAUAGAAGUUGUGGACAAAAAGGGAGUAGAAAAUGGAGUUGCUGAUCAUCUCUCUAGGAUGCGAGUUGAAGACAUGAUCCCCAUCAAUGAUUCUAUGCCUGAAGAACAGCUUAUGGCAAUCAUGAUCUUGAAGGAGAGUUUUGAUGAGAAAGUCAGGCUGGAAGAAGUUAAGGCUCUGCGUGAUGAGAAUUUGCCAUGGUAUGCUGAUAUAGUGAACUUCAUGGUGUCCGGAGAAGUCCCUAGUAGCUUUGAUGCUUACAAGAGGAAGAAAUUCUUCAAGGAUGCUAGGCAUUACUAUUGGGAUGAGCCUUACUUGUACAAGAGAGGACCAGACAGCAUUUACAGGAGAUGCAUAGCUGAAGAGGAUGUGCAAGGAGUUCUAGAGCAUUGCCAUGGGUCAGCUUAUGGAGGUCACUUUGCUACAUUCAAAACAGCAACAAGGUUCUGCAAUCUGGGUUGUGGUGGCCUACCUUGUUUAAAGAUGCAGCAAGCUUACAUCGCAAAGUGUGAUCCAUGCCAAAGGAAAGGAAGUAUCACCAAGAGAGAUGAAAUGCCACUAAACCCAAUUCUGGAAGUUGAGAUCUUUGAUGUAUGGGGAAUAGACUUCAUGGGACCUUUCAAGCCUUCCUCAAACGGGCACAACUACAUUUGGUUGCUAACCAUCAUCUUUCCAAGAUAUGGCAUCCCAAGGGUUGUUAUUUCGGAUGGAGGUUCCCAUUUCAUCAAUAAAGUGUUUGAGAAGUUGAUGAAGAGUUAUGGAGUCAAGCACAAGGUCGCUACACCUUACCAUCCUCAAACCAGUGGGCAAGUUGAGGUCUCCAAUAGACAGAUAAAGGCCAUUCUUGAGAAGACAGUGAGCUUUACUAGGAAGGAUUGGUCAACAAGACUUGAUGAAGCUCUUUGGGCCUAUAGAACAGCUUACAAAACCCCCAUUGGAAGGUCCCCUUUCAACUUGCUGUAUGGAAAGGAUUGUCACUUACCUGUGGAGGUAGAGUACAAGGCACUAUGGGCAGUAAAGAUGCUGAACUUUGAUAUAAAGGCUGCACAAGAGAGAAGAGUAAUGAACUUGUUUGAGUUGGAAGAAAUCAGAAUGAAUGCCUAUGAGAACUCCUGA